AUGGUCGCAGGUUUGCUUGCAUUGGUUGUUGAUGGUGUGGAUGUCAGCGUGGUCGGACUGCCUGGCGUCUUCGCAGCCCCGAACGGCCGUACCUGUGGUGGCAGCGACGCUUCUCGACUUGGCGUUUGCCCCGGCCCUCAGCUUCGUCUCGUGUUUGGGUCGUGUUGCGAAGUCGUGCCGAGCCGCCUACCCGUCAUCGUGCUCGGGUGCGUCCCUCGACGGUCUGCGACACCUUUGUGUGAAAAGAAAAACCCUCAGAUCACCACCGCAUCCACGAUGCCGUCGUCAGCGACACCAAAAACGACAACACCAAUGCCCAUAGCACCGAGGACCAUCUCCCCAACUCUCCAAGUGCUAACCACAGAGUUACCACCGCCUUCUCGAUCAGCAACGUUUCGUCCUCCUCGGACAUCAGCUUUGGUUCGCACGGGCGUCGUUCCAUCAACGGCAGUUCCACCAUCCGCGACCUCGAAACAAUUCUCUCCUUGGGUGGUGGUGGUCGGGUGUGUUUUGGCAGUCCUAGUGGUUGUGCUUUGUUCAUUGGGAAUGCAAUCGUGUUGUCGCUCUCGUCGACAAGGCAAGGGUCGAUUCUCGACCAACUCACGGUUUCUAUCGACUCGAACCCCCACGAACGAAGUACCGUGGGUCGAUGUCCCCGACUUGCGGUCUAGUGACACCAGCAACACGUCGUCAAUUGCCAUGAUGCCACCCCCCACCCCCCCUGAUGGCGCUCCUCGUAUGUGGGACAAACUGCCCUCUUGCUCCGUGUGCGGGAUUGAGGAGUCGACCUUUGUCAUGUUGUAUCGAGGGGGUGGUGGUGGUACCGACCUGAACUGCUUCCAGUGCUCCAAGCAAUGGUUGUAG